CCUUCCACCUGUUUCCCCAGAAAGGCAGGAUCCUGGUCCCUGCUACGUUCCUGGGGCCAUGGCAGGCCUGGGCCCCGGCGGAGGCGAUUCAGAGGGGGGACCCCGGCCCCUGUUUUGCAGAAAGGGGGCUCUGAGGCAGAAGGUGGUCCACGAAGUCAAGAGCCACAAGUUCACCGCCCGCUUCUUCAAGCAGCCAACCUUCUGCAGCCACUGCACCGACUUCAUCUGGGGGAUUGGAAAACAGGGCCUGCAAUGUCAAGUCUGCAGCUUUGUGGUUCAUCGACGAUGCCACGAAUUUGUGACCUUCGAGUGUCCAGGCGCCGGGAAGGGCCCCCAGACGGAUGACCCCCGAAACAAGCACAAGUUCCGUCUGCACAGCUAUAGCAGCCCCACCUUUUGCGACCACUGUGGCUCCCUUCUCUACGGGCUGGUGCACCAGGGCAUGAAAUGCUCCUGCUGCGAGAUGAACGUGCACCGACGCUGUGUGCGCAGCGUGCCCUCCCUGUGCGGGGUGGACCACACGGAGCGCCGUGGGCGCCUGCAGCUGGAAAUCCGAGCUCCGACUGCAGAUGAGAUACACGUCACAGUUGGCGAGGCCCGUAACCUCAUCCCAAUGGAUCCCAAUGGUCUGUCGGAUCCCUAUGUGAAGCUGAAGCUUAUCCCAGACCCUCGGAACUUGACAAAACAGAAGACCCGGACGGUGAAAGCCACACUAAACCCUGUGUGGAACGAGACCUUUGUGUUCAACCUGAAGCCUGGGGACGUGGAGCGCCGGCUCAGCGUGGAGGUGUGGGACUGGGACCGGACUUCCCGCAACGAUUUCAUGGGUGCCAUGUCCUUCGGUGUCUCGGAGCUGCUCAAGGCGCCGGUGGACGGCUGGUACAAGUUACUGAACCAGGAGGAGGGCGAAUAUUACAAUGUGCCGGUGGCUGAUGCUGACAACUGCAGCCUCCUCCAGAAGUUUGAGGCCUGUAACUACCCCCUGGAACUGUAUGAGCGGGUGCGGAUGGGCCCGUCUUCCUCUCCCAUCCCUUCCCCAUCCCCCAGUCCCACCGACUCCAAGCGCUGUUUCUUUGGGACGAGCCCUGGACGUCUGCACAUCUCUGACUUCAGCUUCCUCAUGGUUCUAGGAAAAGGCAGUUUUGGGAAGGUGAUGCUGGCUGAGCGCAGGGGCUCUGAUGAGCUCUACGCCAUCAAGAUCCUGAAGAAAGACGUGAUUGUUCAGGAUGAUGACGUGGACUGCACCCUGGUGGAGAAGCGAGUGCUGGCCCUGGGGGGCCGAGGCCCGGGGGGACGGCCCCACUUUCUCACCCAGCUGCACUCCACCUUCCAGACCCCGGAUCGCCUGUAUUUUGUGAUGGAGUAUGUCACCGGGGGCGACUUGAUGUACCACAUUCAGCAGUUGGGCAAGUUUAAGGAGCCCCAUGCAGCGUUCUACGCAGCGGAAAUCGCCAUCGGCCUCUUCUUCCUUCACAAUCAGGGCAUCAUCUACCGGGACCUGAAACUAGACAACGUGAUGCUGGAUGCCGAAGGACACAUCAAAAUCACUGACUUCGGCAUGUGUAAGGAGAACGUCUUCCCUGGGACCACGACCCGCACCUUCUGCGGGACCCCAGACUACAUAGCCCCCGAGAUCAUUGCCUACCAGCCCUAUGGGAAGUCUGUGGAUUGGUGGUCCUUUGGGGUUCUGCUGUAUGAGAUGCUGGCAGGACAGCCCCCUUUUGACGGGGAGGAUGAGGAAGAGCUGUUUCAGGCCAUCAUGGAACAAACUGUCACUUACCCCAAGUCGCUUUCCCGGGAAGCCGUGGCGAUCUGCAAGGGGUUCCUAACUAAGCAUCCGGCGAAGCGCCUGGGCUCAGGGCCAGACGGGGAGCCCGCCAUCCGUGCUCAUGGCUUUUUCCGCUGGAUGGACUGGGAGCGCUUGGAGCGACUGGAGAUCGCCCCUCCGUUCAGACCCCGUCCGUGUGGACGCAGCGGCGAGAACUUCGACAAAUUCUUCACGCGGGCGGCGCCAGCACUGACCCCGCCAGACCGCCUAGUGUUGGCCAGCAUCGACCAGGCCGAUUUCCAAGGCUUCACCUACGUGAACCCGGAUUUCGUGCACCCGGACGCCCGCAGCCCCAUCAGCCCACCGCCUGUGCCAGUCAUGUAAUCUCUUCUGCCGCCACUAGGUGUCCCCAUUGCUCCCUCCCCGCGCCAGCCUUGGCCCCCUCUUCACCCCCUCUCCGAUUCAGUUCUUGCUCCCCAGCAUUCUAGCCUCUGCCCUGUGGGCGCUAGAUGCCCCUCCCCAGCGUUCCUGGCAUUCUAAACUCCAUACAGUCUCUAGAGCCUUACCGCGUUCUAGAUUCUGCUGUGCUGAGCCCUGGAUUCUCCCCCACCUCUGUCCUGGACUCUGCUCUACCAGGUUCCAGAACCACUACCACUGUCCCAAUUCCAUGGGGUUCUAGACUCCAUUUUGGUAGACUCUGUGCCUCUCCUUUUUUUUUUUUUUUUUUCCUUUCUGGGAAAUAGUCUCAUGGGGUGGGCUGUUCCAGACUUGGAUUCCAGAGCAAACCCCCACCUCCGACCCCCCCAUCUCCACUCCAUUCUGGAGUAAGUGGGAGGCUGUGCCCCCAUGCUCCAGCGCUCCUCUUCUACACUCUAGGGAUUCCUGGGAUGUAUGAAGGAUUCUUACCCCAGCUGUUCUCAAUCAGCUUUUGUUCUAGACGCCCCCACCCUAAACCCAUCACUGCUCGCCUGCCAGGUGCAUGGCUCCAGUCCUGCUCGGAACCCUUCCUCCCUCCUGUCCCCGCCCCCCCCCCCGUACCCCGUGCCUGCCACCCUCCGGGAUUCUCUCCUCCUCCCCGCGCCCACUCUUCUCUUUGGCUCUCCCACCCGGCCACAGCUGCUGGAGAAUAAAUUUGGGAUGCUGA